UCCGCUUGUUGGCCAUGCCUCUGCCUACGGUGAUGUACUACUUUGGCGCCGUUCAUCUCUCCCUCGAUAUCCUGCGGAUGCGCGGCUAUAAAGCCCCCUUCCGCAUCUCGUCCACGCCACGAGGGUCCCCCAUGCCCACUGCUCUUUACGUCCUUAUCGAAGACAUCGUCGCAGUCGACGGCGGAGGUGGUCAGAAAUAUCGAUACGCACUGCGCACACGGUACCUUUCCAGUCCAUACUUCCGGCAUAUGCUGUUUGAGAUGAAUUGCUUCUGGGCAGGAGGUUCCCUUAUUUUUGCUGGAGCUAUCACUGCCAUUGUUUUCACCACCCCUAGAAAUGUCGCGUACACUGUGAGUCAAUCCAUCUAUGGACUUCCCCACGACGAAAUACUAACUGCUCUGCAGCUAGGCUGGGCCUUGCCGUUUGCCUGGGCAGGUGUUUGGACGGCUAUUACCAUUCCCUGGGUUCAGUCUGAUCUCCGGCGCGAGAAAGCAGCUUGGGCGGAGCACCGUGGUCUUGGUGGCAUCCCUUACACUGACGAUAUCAACGCCCCCACCCCUCCUACUCGUUUCGAAUCCGUUCAGGACCGGUUGAGCUUUCUACCUUUCCAUCGUGAGAAGCAGUCUGCACCGACCUCAUCGGAUGACCGAGAAGAUGGCCCUUCGAGAGAUGACAUGGAUGGACAGGUUGACGAUAAAGACACUGAGCAGUCGCACGAAUUGCAAACACAGCAUACUCACCGAGAUCAGCAACCGCAUCAGGAGCAACAGGCGCAGUCAUAGUACCUUUGAUCGUUAUUACCAUGUUCUUGAUACCCCCCAUUUCCCCCGCGGAUGGUGUUCGUUGAGCUAUUAAGGCCCAGUCAAUAAUUUUUUUCCCCUUGAUGAUACGAUAUUUACGAUUGAUAUGUUCCAUGUUCUACACCCGCUGUAGCCCAUUCCCUUUCUAAUCUAUUCCCAUCAUAAGGUUUGCCUUCUGAAGAAUGUGUUGAUAUAUAUAUAUCUAUACAUUUGGUUCUAUCAAAUCAGCAUGGGCGAUGCCUGAUUCUUGGAUUCUUCAUCAAAACACUGCAAUACCCUUCCAUGAAGGCACCAUAUCUUUCUCCCUAAACCAUGUACUAUAUAUACUACGCUAUUAUGUUUCACGCUGAUGUAACCCCCUUGCAUACGGCAACUAGGUGAACUGGUCAACCAGACCACGAAUGAAGAAUUCAUUUUAACGCUUCGAGCGCAAAAAUUACUAUGAUUUAAAAACUGUC